CAGUGACACACACACACAGUGACACACACACAGUGACACACACACAGUGACACACACACACACACUGACACACACACACUGACACACACACUGACACACUGACACACACACACAAGCACGCGGGGCAGGUAUGGCCCUUCUCGUGCUCUGCAUCGUCGCCGCUCUGUGCAGUAGCCGCGCGCUCCUGGCCGCUCGUCCCUCCUCCUCCUCGUCCGCCGCGGGCCGUGGGUCCGUAGGGUCCGGGUUGGGCUCCGGCCCGGGGCUGUCCUCGGUGCCCAACUCCGGGUUGGGGAUGGGGGGGCCGCUGCGUCGGAGAGGAGAGGGAGGAGGAGGAGGAGGCUCGUCGGGAGCCCGGGGGGGAUCGGCGGGCGGGCCCAAUCGCUCUCUGCAGCAGCAGCAGCAGAAGCAUCUGCAGCUGCAGCAGCAGCUGCAGCAGCAGCAGGCGGGGUCGAGCGGUAGCUCCCCGGAUCCGUGCUACAACGAGAGUGGCCACCCGCGUCGCUGCAUCCCCGACUUCGUGAACGCGGCGUUCGAGAGGGAGGCGCGCGCCAGCAGCACGUGCGGGAGCCCCCCGGCACGGUACUGCUCCUCUCUCUCCUCAUCCUCCUCCUCAUCCUCCUCAUCCUCGGGUCCUUCCGGAGGCGACGGCCGGGGUCACAUCCUCUCCGGCGCUGCGGCUGCGGCGGCGGCGGCAACGGGAGGAGGAGGAGGAGGCGUCGGCGGUAACGUCGGCGUCGGCUGCCGCAUCUGCGACUCGUCCGACCCGCGCAGCGCCCACCCUCCCACGCUGCUCACCGACCUCCACAACCCGCACAACGCCACGUGCUGGCUCUCAGAGGCGGGCCUGCCGCCCGGCCACAACGUCACCGUCGUGGUGCCCCUGGGCCUCAAGUACGAGGUGACCUUCGUGAGCGUCCAGUUCUGCACGCCGCUGCCGCCCGACUCGCUCGCCAUCUACAAGUCCAUGGACCGGGGCAAGACGUGGGUGCCCUUCCACUUCUACUCGAGCCAGUGCCGACGCGUCUUCGGCCGGCCGCACCGAGGCACCGUCACCAAGAUGACCGAGCAGGAGGCGCUGUGCACCGACGCACACCUAGCCCAGGGCCUCGUGGCCUUCAGCACGCUGGACGGGCGUCCCUCGGCCAACGAUUUCGCCAACAGCCCCGUGCUGCAGGACUGGGUGACGGCCACCGACAUCAAGGUGGUGCUGGUCAAGCCGUGGAGCAAUUUGGCCGGGGGCUCGUCAUCCUCGUCAUCCUCCUCCGGCGGAGUCAUCGGCGGCGUCGUCUCGCCGGGGUCGGUCUCGCCGCCGGGGUCGGCCGCCGGCGGUGUCAGCAACGAGCUGGCGGACGGAACGCCGCCCGAGAGUCGCUACCACGGUGUGGCCGACAUCCAAGUGGGGGGCCGCUGCCGCUGCAACGGCCACGCGUCGCGGUGCGGCCGCGACCGCGACGGGGCGCCCGCGUGCGAGUGCCGCCACAACACGGGCGGGCCGCAGUGCGACUCGUGCCGCGCCUUCCACCACGACCGGCCCUGGCAGAGGGCGACGAGCAGAGACGCUCACGAGUGCGUCGCCUGCCGCUGCAACCUGCACGCGAGCCGCUGCCGCUUCAACAUGGAACUCUACAAGCUGUCGGGACGUACCAGCGGAGGAGUCUGCCUCACGUGCCGCCACAACACCGCCGGCCGGCACUGCCACUACUGCAAGGAGGGCUUCUUCCGCGACCUCGGCAAGGCCAUCUCCGACCGCAAGGCGUGCAGGCCUUGCGACUGCCAUCCGGUGGGCUCCUCGGGCAAGACGUGCAACCAGACGAGUGGGCAGUGCCCGUGCAAGGACGGGGUCACGGGGCUCACCUGCAACCGCUGUGCGCGCGACUACCAGCAGAGCCGCUCGCCCGUCGCACCCUGCAUACGAAUCCCUCAUGCCGAGCCGACUCCGAUGGUCACCACGACACAGGCGCCCAAAGACUGUGACGUCUACUGCAAGCCAUCGAAGGGCAAAGUGAAGAUCACGCUGCAGAAGUACUGCAAGAAGGAUUACGCGCUUCACCUCCACCUGGUGAGCCGCUCGGCGGUGCGCGAGUGGACGCGCUUCACCGCCGAGAUCCGCUCCGUCUUCAAGUGGGGCGGGGGUCCCUCCGGCGUGGGGCCCCCCGCGGCCGCCCCCCCGGCGCCGCCCCCACCGGCCCCCCACGACGCGGCGACGUUGCGGCUUCGUGGCGGCAACGGAGGCGGCAGCAGCAACAACCGGCGGCGAGCCCGCGGCAAGAAACAGGGCAAGCGGCGUCACCAGCAGCAGCAGCAGCAACAGCAGCAGCAACAGCAGCAGCAGCAGCAUCCGCAGCAGUGGCUGUGGAUCCGCAGCAGGGACCUGGCGUGCCGCUGCCAAAAGCUGCGCGUGGGCCGCUCCUACCUCCUGCUGCUCAGCUCCUCGUCGCUGGCGGGGGGGGGCUCGCCCCCGCCAGCCGAGGCUCCCUCGCAGGGUCCCCUGCGCACCCAGCAGCAGCAGCAGCAGCAGGGCCCGCUGGUGGCGGACCGCGCCAGCGUGAGCGUGCAGUGGCGCGACGCGUGGGCCCGCCGCCUCCGCCGCUUCCACCGCAGGGAGAAGAGCGGCAAGUGCGGGGUGCCAUGAGCACCGGUGCCGCUGGGGGCGGGUGGGGGAGCAGGGGGCGGGGGGCAGGGAGGACGACUUAGUAGAGUACUAGACUCUGGGUGGUUUACCGCUAGGCGCUGGGUCACUCUGUGGUAGGCUAAGUAGAGGUCUAGACUCUGGGUGGUUUACCGCUAGGCGCUGGGUCACUCUGUGAUAGGCUAAUUAGAGUACUAGACUCUGGGUGGUUUACCGCUAAGCGCUGUGUCACUCUG